AUGGGGUCCCCCGAUCAACCGGCCAGAGAGCUGAUUCGGCCUCGGGUCGUCUUCGCCCCUCAUCCCCCUCCUGGUCAAUUUGGCGGUUUCGAGCAUUGCGCACGAGCAUGGAGCACCGAGAACCGAAUCGUUUGUCCUGUCCAGGCAUCGAGACGGCGCAAGCGCGAUAGGUACGCCAUUUCCAAGAAUUGCAUCAGCAAAUCGGAAAAGCACGGUGCCAGUGGUGUCCUGGAAUCCGGAAAUCAAGAUCCCUUCUCGGUGGGCGAAUUGCGAUGCGCUCAGAGCGCAGACAAGCGCCCGGCGGGGAGGGGGAAGGGAGAGGUCCAGCACGGGGGCUGCGACGAAACGUACUGGGGUCUUCCGCUAGCGUUCCAGAAGGCUUUGCCCCUGCGUCGGAAAACAGGGCAGAAUCGGACGAGGCGGGAGGAGAGUGGCUAG